AUGGUGGUUAUGGCUUACCUCAACUGUCUGUUACUGCUACUUCUAUUAACUUCUCCAGCGUUGGCACUCAACAAAAAACAACGACAUGAACAGCUGCAGCAACACCACGAAAGGCAACAGCAGUCGAUUGAAACUUCUGAUCAUAUUUCAGACGAACAAGCGAAAUUGGUUACGUCGUCAAUUGCCACAACCACCGCCGAGCCAGCAGCUACGGCAACUGAGCGAACACUGCUAAAUCUUGAGUCAUGUCUUCCUAAAGUGGACAUUGUAUUUGUUUUGGAUACAUCUGGAAACGUUGAACAGAUCUAUCGUGAACACAUCAAAUGGACCGUUGAAGUGGUCAACACGUUGCCGGUUCGUGAAGAUGCAGUCAGAGUUGCUGCAUUACAGUACGCUGGUUCACCAAUUACUGAGUUCUCGUUGGGAACUUACUCGAAUGGUAGUGAAGUUAGCGAGCACCUCAAAAAAAUUACUUUUCAAUCUGGCCUAACUCGAACUGGUUAUGCGCUUCGUAAAGCUGAAGCUGAAUUGUUCAGAGAAGACAAAGGAGCCAGGUUAUCUGACCCUUAUUUGUCAGAUGCGACAAAAAUUAUAAUACUCUUCACAGACGGUCUUUCGAUUGACGAUCCACUAAAACCUGCACGACAACUUCGUGAUAAUAAGAACGUCAAAAUUUACGUUGUCAGUGUUGGAUCUGAUGGUUUUGAACCAGAAAUGAACAGGAUUGCUGGUAUCAAAGGCAAUGUCUAUGGACCGCGAGAUUUGGAACACCUUAAAGAGUCCUUACUGCGAGACAUAGAAAAGGCUCAAAACUGUUCUACACCCGCCGUGUCAACGGAAAUUCCAGUCGUUUCCACUGCGCUGAACGAGUCACCGGACCUCUAUAACGCGACUACAAAUAGUCUGCAAAAUUCUGAAGUAGAAAAUAUAACCGUAUCUUUGGCCGAGCUGGAAAACGCAUCCAAUGCUGUUAUUGAAAUACUAACGGCGGGCAAAGACAAUUCAAGUGCUGGUGCUGCCGAAUCCCUCGACAACAACACAGUUUUGGUUUCUUCAACAGAGGAUUCAGUAGCAGAAUUAAAUAAAACUGUAGCCUUUGAUAUCAACGGUACCUCAGAAGCAGUGGUGACAAAAGAACCUGCUCAAACCGGGCAAUUUAUCAAUGCUACUCAAGGCUCAGAUGACGCCGCUCAACUCCAGCCUUCAGUCAGUAGCGAAUUAACGACGAAGAAAACAGUGGAGAAAGAGGUGAUAAACAAACAAACCAAACGUCCAUCAAAAGUUAAACAGGGUGCAAAAAAAGCUGAAUCACUUAGCGGUAAAGUGGAAGAGAAAAGUAAAUCAGACGAGGCUAAAAGUGUCAUUGGUGAAACAGAUCCAAACAAAUCAAAACUUACCUCAGUGCCCUCUGAAAAGCCAGCUGCAGAAUCUCACCCUGAAUUAUCUCAGAAAACGCAGAAUGGCACCAUUCAUGCAACCCAAGGUUCAACAGCGAAAAUUCAGAAGCCCCAACUCCAAUACGACUUAACAUCCGUGACAAAGUCGCCAUCUGAACCGUAUGAAUCAUACGCUAAAAAAGUUGUGAAAGAAAAUGAAGAGAGACGAAAGUCGACACGAAAACCGACUACUCCAAAACCAUACGUAAGAAGAACCGAUGGUACAUGUCCGGCCGAUGUGAUUUUCCUGAUUGACAGUUCAGGAUCAGUAAAGUCUAUAUAUGACCAGCAAAAACAGUAUGUUGGUGAUAUACUUGAAGAAGCCCAGAUGGCCGAUCACGAGCAUAGGGUCGCGCUGGUGCAGUUUGCUGGUAUGAACCACCAGAGAACAGAGUGGGGUUUUGAUGCUUUUGAUGAAAAAGAGGAAUUAAUGCUAGCAUUUGCUGGUGUCCGACAUUUCACAGGAACAACCUUUAUCGGACGUGCCCUAAAUGUCGUGCUUAAAUUACUGGAAAGUCGCCGUGCUUAUGUUCCAACAAUUGUUGUUCUGCUUAGCGAUGGAUUUUCUCAAGAUGACGCUUCUGUGCCGGCAAGUACGAUACGACGAUCACCAGGAGUUGACUUUUAUGCAGUCAGCAUAUCCGAUCUUAGUAACACAGAGUACCUGGAAGGAUUAACUGGCGAUCCGAGUCGGGUGUACAUUGGAGAAGAAAGUGAGGAAUUAAAACGAUAUCUUAUUAAAUUAUUCCGAUGUGAAACGUAG